AUGGCCGAGUUCGUAGAGAUGAUCCUUGCUCAGCUCAUUGGCAAUAUUUCAACCGCGCUCAUCCUAAUGCUCAUUUAUUUCAACUUUUUGCUCUUUGAAAACUAUUUGAGACUUAUUGUAUGGGCAAUUGUAUGCAGUCAAGCACUACGUCAAGCAAAAAAUAAUGUCAUCUCUGUGCUCCAGUAUCUCAGUGAUGAUGCUGACAUUAAUCGUUAUGGCUUUCUAACAUGUGUAUUCUCCAAGACAACGGAGAUCUUCAUCAGUCAUCCACACGAUGGAUCGCGUCGCACGGCUAAUGAGAUGUUCUUGAAUUACGGCAUUUUCCUGUUUUCACUCAUUGGUGCCGUAUCCAUCUGGAUGCGAAUGUACUCGUGGGUAUCGUUUUUGAGCAUUGUUAUUGUCUCUUGGAUCACGGUACUAAGUCUUAUCAAGAUUCUGGAUCGACGGAUCUUUUACUACCGAUACUUUUUUUCGGACGAAGUGCUUGUGUCAGUGCUGCUUAUUCUCGGGUUCUUUACCACGGGAGCAUUUGUUAUUUUGUUUCUCGGCACUGAGAGUUAUUUGGAAGGAAGUCGCGCAGCUACUGAUUUGUCCGAGUGGGUACAGGACAAUUUUAUCAAUGACGAGCGUACGCGACAGGUGUGGAGUGAACAGGUUGAAAACAGCCGCGCGAUGAUCUCACAAGCCAUUAGCGGCGUCGAGAAUAACUUUAACGACACAAUGUGGUGGCCACCUCUUAAAAGUUUGGUAAAGACAUACUACGUGGACGCAAAGUUCUCUGACGGGAACUCUACCUCGCAAUCAUCUUUCUUUUCCCGACUAAGUCUUCCCGAAAACAUGACGCUUGUAGAAGCCGUGACUUUUGCGUACUCAAAUUUGGACUCGGUGAAUAUGACGUCGGUGCAGCUUACUGACUGGACGUCAAAGGGAUUAGAAGUUAGUAGCAUCGCCGUUGGGUCAGUGGCACAAUUGGUAUUUCUCGUGUUCACAUUGGUGAUUGCGUUUGUGAGUCUCGGCAUCCGGUCUUUCUUCUUCGUUUCGUCGCUUUUUUAUCUACUGUGCACGAACUGGGAUCCUGUCGAAAGAUUUGUUCAAGAUUUACUUCCGAUACAAAUUAACAAAAGACCAGAAGUUGUUCGGUCUUUGCGGAAAGCGAUUGAGGGCGUUUUUUUUCUGCCUCUAAAGAUGGCGAGUAUCCACGCGAUUGUGACGAUGGUUUCCUUCACGAUAGUGGAUGCUGACUUCAUGUAUCUCGCCACAACAUACGUGGCAUUUAAUGUAUUGGAUGAAAUGCUAUAUGAAAAGAGCAUUGUCGCGCUCAAUUCUUACGUCUCCGCUUUGAGUGUGGUGCUCGGCGUAUAUGUGUUUGGCUUUGAGGGCGUUAUCUUUGGACCGUUAAUCGUUUGUGGCGUGACGUUUGCAUACGACGUGUCAAACCACGGCAUUCAAGCUGCACAUGAUGAACACGCUAGAUCCGACGAAGGGAAGCAAGAUUGUCUGGAUGGCAGUGAUGGGGAAGAAUCUCGUAGCACAACAUCCUCUUUCGACUAUGCUGACCACGAGAAAGACAAAGGAUUUAACGAUUACUCGGAGGGUAAUGCUGAUCAAGGAGCGAAUACUAACAUUUUUUCGGAUGCAGUUUAUCGCGUUAUUUCCGGACCGUUGGUGGACCGUGUUUGCCGCCGCCUUUCAAUGGAUGUAACCACAGAAGGGUCUGUGUGCGUGACUUUGGUUGUCGAAGGUAUGAAAAGAAUUCGAAAAGUCCGCUUUGUGGUGAAUAAAUCAUGGACCCAAAAAGCACUGCACGAUAAUAUUCGUCGUAUGUUACACGCUCAUAGUGUUGAAUGUAUCAGCACCGCAGAUGGCGUGGAGGUGUUGUCUCCACUUCACAUUGUGGCGGGCGAGGUACUGCACGUAAGAGUGCGACCAAAACAUCGACUGCACAUGUACGCGGACUCAGACUUAGAAUCGCAUGGGCGCGUUUCCUUUCCAGUUCGGGCACUAUCUCCAUCGUACCACGGGAGUCGCAAUGUUCCUUCACUUCCGCUGUCAUGCUCACGUGACGGAUUGAAGGCGAGAAGUCCUGGAACACCUAUUAAGGCCAAACUUAGACGAUCUGGGUCUUUAUCCUUUUCGGUCGGGGUCACUCGUGACGCGACAGCAAUACAACGUCAAGUUUAUGCAUGCCUCCAGCGCAAAAACGAAGGCGCAGUCACGCAGGUUGGAGGUGACAUGAAGAGAAGAGAAAGCUAUAAAGUGGUGGCGUCAUCUAGAGACCCUGCUCCAUCUUCAUCGGCUAGUAGUUCACCUUUUUGUGAAAAUCUCGUUCACCGGUCAGUUACAAACCUCUCGUCUACUACGUCAUCACUGGCUCAAGCUUGUGAAUUGGUAACGUUCGAUGAGAACGUUCUGAUGUCAAAAGUCGAAGCGUCUUUAACCGAUGACAAGGAUAGUGAAAGAUGCGCGGAUGCAUCCAUUGAGGUAAGCAACAAUAUGGAUAUACCGUCUCCUGGAAGCGUAGGAUCUGUGAAGCCAAGAAUGUCAAAACCAAAAUUUGUCGCCAUGAGCGACUCCGAAAGCUUUCCGACAUCCCCCGUCUCGUGUAAUGCCAGCAAUUCCUUUGAUGAUCCAAACGAUGCAAACGACACUGUCGAAGACAAUGCAGCAAGUACUGCAAUACCAGACAUGAAGACGUUUGCAAAGUCCAAUUUGAAACCAAUUCUUGAAGUCAAAAGUACGAAGCAAUAG